AUGAACUCCAAGAAACGAAACCAAAAGGUAAUUGAAGGUGCAGCUGUAAUUGUACCCACCCUCGUGAAGUCUCGUUCAUUUAGUCUAGUGGAGAUGAUGAUAGCUACAGAGAAUAUGAGCCACAAGAUUGGCGAAGGGGGUUUUGGAAGUGUCUAUUUCGGUAAAUUGCAGGAUGGUAAAGAUGUGGCUGUAAAGCUUCUAUCGUCCUUAUCUAAACAAGGAGCAACUGAGUUCUUGAACGAGAUCGAUCUGCUGUCUCGAUUGAAUCACAGAAACUUGGUGUCCUUGCUUGGCUAUUGCAAUCACUUCAAACAACAGAUGCUUGUUUAUGGGCACAUGCCCUGUGGAUCACUUAAAGACCACCUCCAUGCCAGGGCAUCCCUUAUCUGUGUUACAAUUUCACUCAUUAUUCGUCUUUUGGAUGCCUCGCUCUGA